GUAGCAUCUGGUUGAGCCCCACCUUGCAGCCCCCUCACACAGACGAGAUGACCUCAGAGACGUCUCUUCCACUGAUUCCUCUAGCAGUCGGUGUAGUCUGCCUGCUCGUUGCUGUCCUCAAUAGACCCGAUCGUCGACGACUUCCACCCGGUCCCAAAGGUCUUCCUAUCUUAGGGAAUAUCUUUGAUGCACCCAAGGAGCACGAAUGGCGCACGUUUCAAGAAUGGGGUCGAAUUUAUGAUUCGGAUGUUGUGCAUUUCCAGAUUUUAGGGACUCAUUACAUGAUACUCAACUCCGCGAAGGCUACGACCGAGCUCUUCGAGAAGAGGUCAAACCUGUACUCAGAUAAACCAGAAGCAGCAAUGCUUCACUUGACCGGCUGGGAUAGGAAUUGGGGCCUGAUGAAAUAUGGUGACUUUUGGCGGGCACAUCGCAAGAUAUUCCACCAACACUUCCGCUCAAACGUCGUGUCCGCAUAUCACCAAAGGACAGAAAAUGCGGUGCACCAGCUGCUUCGCUUACUCUACGCCGAGCCAGAAUGUUUUAUCGAACAUAUUCACUUCAUGACUGCGUAUAAUAUCAUCGGAAUCGUGUAUGGCGUGGAUAUCAAUUCGGAAGGUGACCCAACUCUCGCAAUUGUGGAAGAAGCUCUCGACAUCUUGCGGAACUUUGGCAAUCCUGGAGUGUAUCUUGUGGACUCGUUUCCUCUUCUGAGGUUCAUACCCUCGUGGUUCCCGGGCGCCAAAUUCAAGCGUGACGCUGAGGCUUGGAAGCCUGUGGUCGACAAGAUGUACAUGCAACCAUACAGUGAUUUAAAGACCGCCUAUGAGAAGGGAGUGCCAAGACCGUGUCUUGGGACGAAAAUGCUGGCAGAGCUCUAUAAGGAUGGAGCAAAUUUCCAGAGUGAAAUUCUGGAGCAAGUCAUUAUCAACACUACUGGUACCGUAAAUGCAGCGGCGUCUGAUACGAGCAGAUCGGUGUUGUUGGUCUUCAUUUUGGCCAUGCUGCUGUACCCAGAAGUGCAGCUUGCAGCUCAGACGGAACUUGACCAAGUUAUAGGCACAGAUCGUCUGCCGGUGAUAGAAGAUGAAGAGUCGCUGCCAUAUAUCACUGCUCUUGUUAGGGAGACAUUACGAUGGAGGCCAGUACUUCCCAUAGGUAACGCACAUAAAUCGAGUGCAGAUGACGAGUACGAAGGGUAUCAUAUCCCUGCUGGGACUGUUAUAUUCGGAAAUGCACGAGCCAUUCUCCACGACGAUAAGCAGUUUCCCAAUCCGGAUGCCUUCGACCCCAAUCGCUUCCUCGACUCAAACGGACGUCUGCUCGAGCACCUAGCGAACACUAUAUCCAGCGCUUUCGGUUUUGGCAGAAGAAUGUGUCCGGGACGUUAUUUCGCAUUGGACGUCAUUUGGUUGACGGCUGCUAAUGUCCUCGCGGCCUUCACGAUUGAAAAGCCCUUCGAUGAGAUGGGGAACGUUGUGGAGCCUUCUGGAGAAUUCAUUUCCGGACUUGUCAGUCACCCUGCUCCUUUCAAGGCUGUCUUCAAACCGCGGUCGACCAUCGCGUUUGCCCUGUAGCGCCCACGUGCGGUCUCAAACUGCAUAGCUCCCGUAUGCAGUUUCAGAUGAAGUGAGGAGAAUAGGCCGGGACUGCAUUAAGG